CUCCUCUUCCCUCAUAAAUCUACAUCUUUCAGUUACAGACCGUUCUGCAAUUUCCCAACUCUCUCUCUCUCUUGAAAUCCAAGCUGAGCUCUUUCCUUUAUUCCAAUGGAGGUUGGUCGAUUUCUUGGCAGUACUUCUGCAACUCCAGCAAAAUCCGCGAACCCCAAUUCAAUUUCGAAGGUCAGAGUCAUCGUGCGGGUGCGCCCUUUUCUUCCGCAAGAGAUCGCUGCCGGUAACGGAGAUCAGACGCCGUGCGCCUCUGUUGUCGAACAAGAAUCCGAUUCCUCUGCCGAAGAAGUGGUUGUUUAUCUCAAAGAUAAAGAUACAAGCCGAAACGAGUGCUAUCGGUUGGACUCCUGCUUUGCCCAAGAGGACAACAAUGUUGGCCGGAUCUUCAGUAGAGAAGUGUGCCCUUUGAUUCCGGGACUCUUUCAUGGCUGCAAUGCGACGGUGUUUGCCUACGGAGCUACUGGAAGUGGAAAGACUUACACUAUGCAGGGAACGGAUGAGAUGCCGGGUCUAAUGCCGCUGGCCAUGUCCAAAAUCCUGUCUAUGUGCCAGAGCACAGGAAGCUCAGUUGAGCUUUCAUACUAUGAGGUCUAUAUGGACAGGUGUUAUGACCUGUUAGAGAUCAAAGCCAAGGAAAUUACGGUUUUGGAUGACAAAGAUGGGCAGAUUCAUCUCAGGGGACUUUCUCGGGUGCCUGUAAAGUCCAUGUCUGAGUUUUACGAGGCCUUUUCUUGUGGGAUUCAGAGGCGGAAAACUGCCCAUACGGGUCUCAAUGAUGUCUCUAGUAGGAGCCAUGGGGUCCUUGUGAUCGCCGUUUCCACUCCUCAUGAUGAUGGUUCUGGGGAUUUCGUUACUGGGAAGUUGAAUCUCAUAGAUCUAGCAGGCAAUGAAGACAAUAGAAGAACUUUCAACGAAGGGAUUCGUCCAGAGAGUGCGAAGAUUAACCAGUCUUUGUUUGCAUUAUCGAAUGUCAUUUAUGCACUGAACAACAACUUAUCCCGAGUGCCCUAUAGAGAGAGUAAAUUGACUCGUAUUUUGCAAGACUCAUUAGGUGGGAUGAGUCAGGCUUUGAUGAUUACUUGCUUGAAUCCAGGAGAGUACCAAGAGUCUGUUCAUACUGUCAGCUUGGCAGCUCGGUCACGCCACAUUACCAACUUUGUUCCUUCAGCUCACAAGCAAGAGACACCAAAGGUUAAAGUUGACAUGGAAGCCAAACUUCGUGCUUGGCUUGAAUCAAGAGGAAAGACGAAGAGUGCACGGAGAAUUGAAGCAUUCAGUUCUCCCUUGUUGGGGAAAACUCCUAGUUCUUCUAUUGCCAAUGUCAAGAAACGCAACAUCAACCUCAGUUCUAUGAAAUCCAAGGUUAAUACAAACAGAAGUGCCUGUACUGCAAAAGAAAGGAAAAUCACUAUACCUAUGAGGAAUAUAUUUGACAAUGAAAGUGUAGUUGAUUCCAAUUUGGAGAACGCGCAAUUUGCCGCUAAGGAUAAUAAACAAGAGGGCAAUGCUGGAGGUGGUGGAUCCAUAUUCGAAUCAAAUACAAGUUUACAUGAUACAUUUCCACUCUGUGAGCCAUCAAACCAGGAGGAAAACUCACCGGGAAGUUCCUUGAGAAAAGCUCUCUCCCCAAUCAACACCAAUAUAAAUCAAAAGCCCCUCAAUGAAACUCUAUUCACAAAUGGAGAUUGCACUCCGAAAACUCCCUCUUUAGCGACCUGCACGAAAAACAUGUUCCAAAUAACAGGCACCCCACUUGAUAAAUUCACUGCUUGCGGAUCAAACUUAAAGAAGUUCCUACUUCAAGAGUAUAUUGACUUCUUGAACACAACAGGUAAAAUCCUUAUCAUCAUUUUGAAACUUCAUCGUUUCUUGCGUUUUGCACUCUCAAUCAUACAAAAUGAACCUAAUAUUUCGACUGGUUUUCGCAACUGCAGGGAAGAGCUGCUGGAGUUGAGGGGAAUAGGAGUCAAAAUGGCUGAAUACAUACUUGAGCUCAGAGAAACGAGCCCUUUAAAAUCGCUGAACGAUUUGGAGAAAAUAGGUCUCUCAACUAAGCAGAUUGUCAACCUGUUUAAUAAAGCUGCAGUUGGGGUACUAGAUAAGCAAAUAAAGGCAACACCCAGCUGCUCAGAUAUUUUACAGGUCAAGUAAGCGUGAACUCGGGGUAGGGGUGUCCGACAACGUUCAACUCUAGAGCACCUCUCACAAAAAUCAUGGGAAACCUCUUGUAUUCUAAUCCACCAACCGCACGUUGGUCUGACCCGAUGAGAGGCGGCAGCCCUAGGGAAAUUUGUCUCCCAAAUAAGCCUUGUGGUGAAGCAGACUGUAACAUUAGCCCAUCAGAUUCCUUACUGAUUUGGAUUGCAAAUGUGAUUGUAAAAGACUAAAUAGACCCUGUGUGUGAUUUGUGUAGUGUUUAACAAACCUUUGGUUGUAGCGUACAAUCAAUUAAAUGUAAUGUCAUAUUUACAACUCUAAUCUAAUUCUUCUUUUGUGUUUUCUCCUUCA